AUGUACGUGGUCGCGAUAUUUGCCGGUGAUCGCGGCAUUUUCGCCGCGAUCGGUGGCAUUGCGGUUCUCCUGGAAGCCUCCAAAAAGUUUUUCAAACCUUCCCAUCACGGAGAUGUAAAUCACCGAUCUGUUAAACACGCCCCCGAAUUUUUUAUUUUAACCUGCAGGCUUCAUUUGUUGGAUCUGCCCUGGGAAGAUGUACUGGUACCACAUAUUCUUUCCUACCUACCCUUGAGACACAUCCUGAGUCUCCAGAGGGUCAGCAAAACUUUUCAGUCUCUCGUCCAGCUCUAUCUGUCCAAUUGCCGCUGUUUUGACUCUACUCAGCUUGGGUCACACUUUCCUAAAAGUGCAUUUUGUAAUAUGCUUAAGGAUAACUCGGUAUUGCAAAGACUUGACUUACGGAGAUGCUCUGAUUGGUUAACAGACAAGGAGCUUCUUCCCAUUAUUGGCCAGAACCACCAUCUGCUCCAUAUUAAUUUGUACAGCUGUGUGCAACUGAGCAGACAGUCUUUGGUUGCCAUCUCCCUCAGUUGUCCUCACUUAAGGAACAUCUGCCUCGGCCACUGUGAAUGGGUUGAUUGCCUUUCCCUCCGAAGCCUGGCCGAUCACUGUAAAUGCUUGGAAGCUGUAGAUUUAACAGCUUGUCGGCAGUUAAAAGAUGAUGCUAUAUGCUACUUGGUGAGAAAAAGCGUUCGCCUAAAAUCACUGUCAUUGGCCGUCAAUGCAAACAUCAGUGAUGUUGCUGUGGAAGAAACCGCUAAACGUUGUCGAGACCUGGAGCACCUUGAUUUAACAGGAUGUCUGCGUGUGAAGAAUGACUCGAUUAGGACCUUAGCAGAAUACGGUAACAAACUACAAUCUUUAAAAGUAAAGCAUUGCCAUAAUGUGACUGAAUCCAGCUUAGGAAUCCUGCGGAAAAAAGAUGUAGAGUUAGAUGUGGAGCCUCCAUUACAACGAGCUUUGGUUCUGCUGCAGGACGUUGUUGGUUUUGCACCGUUUAUUAAUCUUCAAAUCUAGCAAACUACAAGGCUAUAAGGCAACCUUAUAUUUUUCUGCUACUAUGAUUUGCUCCAUAAACACUUACAAUGAGCCACCAUGCUCUGAAACACUGCCAGAACAGAACACUGACUGUUGCAGGACUUCACAGUCCACAGUACACAUUUUAAAGAUGCGGUGUGGCUGGAGAACAUUACUUUGCGGCAAAGAUUUACUGCUAUAACUUAGCAGGAGGUUGUAUAGUGAUUAUUAGCACUGAUAAAGCAUCAGGACUCUAUUUGUAACCACUUUGCAGAAGAAGCGUCCCUUCACCGUUCCAACCAUGCUGCAGGUACAUUAUUACCAAGACUUAUAACAAAUGUAGUGGUUCAUAAACCGAGGGAUCUUCAUACAUGCACCAUACCUUAGUUAUUCUGCAACACAGAAUAACUGAACAUUUGUUUUGAUUGAUCUGUGAACAAAUACUUUUUUGAAACAUUUGCUGAAGGAUUUCUGUGAUUUAAAUAUUUCAUCAGCAUCGUACAAUAAUAAAGCUGGGAAAUGAGCUGAUGCCAAUUUCUGAGUUAUGUUUAAAUACCUGCUCAAUGUACUACAAAUAAUAGUAUUUCAACUAUAUGCAUCACAUGGGGUUACAUCACUGAGAAAACAAUGUGUGUUGCUUUUAGAUUUAUAAUGCUCAUCUACAUUGCCAUUUUCAAUUUUAAUUUGUGCUGGGAGGGGAGAAGAUAUUACCGUAUUUGCUCCUUUAUAAGACAACCCUGAUAAUAAGAUGACCCCCCCCCCCCAAAAUGUGAAGAUUAAUUUAGGAACAAAAGCCUGAAUAUAAGACUACCCUAUAGGAAAAAAGUUUUACUAGUAAAUAUUAACACAUGUAAGCUAUUUUCAAUAUGUAAUAAAAACUAUGAGAAAA